AUGGAGGCUAUGAGAUGGAGUGAGCAAAACGUCUCGCCGCAGCAUGGAAGCCCUGGAGCCCCUACGAUAAAAAAUCAUUCUGUUACGCAUUUUCGAGGGUACUUAUAUUGCUUUGGUGGAUACGAUGGUCGGAGGAACCAUUUGACACUUCUCAUAUAUUCGAUAGAGGAGAAGAGAUGGAUUCGUCCCCACCAUUUGGGAGGGAACGAGCAGCCAUCAUUCCUGUCUAAUUCAGAUAAUAUUCUUGUCACUGGAACUCCACCACCAGGUCGCAAUGGACAUAGUGCAACACUUGCUAUUGAUCCAGAUGAUGAUGACAUUGGAAGAAUAAUAAUUAUUGGUGGGUGGCUGGGAACGGGUCCGUUGGCAGCUUCAGACAUGCAUGUGCUAGAUAUAUCACAUUCAGGCAAACAAUUACGUUGGUAUGAACCACCAGUGAGAGGGACUCCGCCAGGUCCGUGCAACAUGCAUUCUGCAGACUAUGUUACUGCAACCCAUGAAGUAUAUGUUUUCCGUGGUGGAAAUGGGCGCGAAUAUUUGAACGACUUGCAUGCGCUGAAUACACGAACAUUUACAUGGAGAAAAGUAGAAACGACUGGAGCAAUACCUCAACAGAGGGCGAAUCAUUCAAGCGCCAUCCUCGAAGAGACGGGGGAGCUUUUGGUAUUUGGCGGAUGGAAUGGCUCUGAACGGCUAAAUGAUAUACACAUAUUGAACACAGCAACCUCGACAUGGACCUGUCCGCAUAUAGCAGGAGUACUGCCACACCCACGUGCUGGUAUGACCCUCACGGCGCUGCGGGGACGACUGUACUUGUUUGGCGGAAGUGGGACAAGUUCCAAAUGCUUCCAGGACCUACAAAUCUUGGAUAGAGCAGAACUGGCAUGGCUGGAUGUCACACAGCACGAACCAAGUAGUCAUGCUGUAGGGAGACAUCGGUUUGAGAAUUUUGAGGGUGACGGCUAUCGCGAACAACGAUGGAGUUUUGGUGGUUAUCGAUUGAGAGAGACGUCUAGAGAAACUAUGGACAUGGAUACUAGUGAUGCCAAUCAUCAAGACCAUCGACUUCACAUGUAUGAUGGAAGCGACCUCUGGGAUUCAACCAACGAGCUCGAACCGUACUAUGGUGGGAUUUCGGCCUCUCCAAAUCCCAACGAUGAAGACACAAUACCCACCAUCGUGAUACACGGUAGAGGGCCUGGUCGAAGAGCUGGACACACUGCUACUGCUGUUAACCGGAAAAUCUACGUCUUCGGUGGCUCGUGCGGCUCCGAUUACUUAAAUGACUUUUAUGUGCUAGAUACCGAUCCUCCACCGCGAGCAUCUGUGACUGAGCCUACAAGUUUAGCACUGGUGGAGCGAAGGUUGCGACACUUCUUCAAUGAGGAGGAAUUCUCAGAUGUCACAUUUGUGGUGCAAGGCCGGAAGAUCUAUGCACACAAAAUGGUCCUAUCCAUGGUGUCAAACUAUUUUCGAACGAUGUUCACGUCAGGUUUUCGGGAGUCAGAGUCUGGCGAAGUUGAGAUCUCGGAUGUUCCAUAUGACGCUUUUCUAGCAGUAGUUGAAUACAUUUACACUGGAGGCCUCCCCAACUUUGAUGACACGAGGAUAGAAUCAAGUGCGAGGCUUGGAAGGGUUGUUGAUAUACUGGAACUGUCCAAUCGUUUCUGCUUGAACCACCUGAAAGAAAUCUGCGAGACAGAGCUACAAGGUGCCGUGAAUCCGGAUACUGUCGAGUAUCUUUUGCAAGUUGCCCAAGAUACUUAUUCUGUUCAGCUGCAACUGAUAUGUGAACAUUUCCUCCGGAACCUCGAAAAUGAGCAACGCUAA